AUGGAUACAACACCAACCCGAUCGCAAUAUCUUUAUGGACCGAACUCGUAUCCCUCAUAUUUGAACUACUCAUCAAAUAUGACAUCCAUACAAAUGAUUCCAGACGUUCAUAACGAUGUUAACAUUGGCGAAAACCAAUUCUCGUAUCAACAAAAUGGUGUUAAUAACGUUAUUAUUCAGCCCGUCUCUUCAAAUCAAAUUCCACAACCAAUUCAAUAUCAUCAAUUUUAUCCAUUACCUCAUUUACCUCCUACAUCCGAUUAUAUUCCUAAUAAUCAAGGAAAUAUCAACACAAUUGAACCCAAGACAUCGUAUGAAUUUAAAUUCUUUUAUAAACCACCAAAUGAUUUUCAAAUUUACGAUAUUUUUUGUAGAGAUAUAACAUUUGGACCAUAUAAUGAUGUUCAAUCAAAUAAUAAGUUUGUCUUCCCUUUUCAACAACCGGAUGAUAAGAAAAUUUAUCAAGUAACUUGUGAAUUGAUCCCACAUAUAUCUGUGGUUCAAUAUUUAAAUAAGAAUGUUCGCAAUAUCGAACUAAAUUUGAAUGAACAACCUUAUGUGAAGUUCUCUGAAGAACAUAAAAGAAACCUUCAAUUACACUUGGAAGAACUUCUAAUCAAAUAUCUAGCACCAAGCCAUAUGUGUAAUCAAAAUUUCAACUAUUAUGGAAAUUUUAUGUAG